ACUGUAUUCUUCCUCCUCUGAAAUUUAAUGGCCCCCAUUCGACAUAGUAUUUACAUGGGCCUCAUUUCUACGUGUUUAUGUAUGUACUAAUGCAGACCAGUGUUACAUGAGCUGCCACCACGUGGCUUAAAACCCAAGAGAGCUGGGCUCCAACAUUCUCUAGAAGCACAGUGAAGAAUAGACCUUCACUGUACCUGCCAUUCCUCAACACUAAACUGCCCUUGUCCUCGCGGAUUUGCCAGUGAAAUUCCUCCGGGGGCAGGAGGGAAGGGGGGGAAAGCCACACGAAGAUCUUACAACUCCGGGGCACAGCAAAUAAUGCGGUGGGGUAUACAUAUAUUUAGAAAACCAUAGUGCAAACCUCAGGGAAAAAAACAUGUAAUCAAAAGGCGACGGGGAGAACUUGGGUGAUCAAGAAAGUUCCCGGCCAAAAGACCUUCAGAUUCCGAAGGAAGGUGCAAUCUUUGUCCCUCGAAACUCAGUUCAAACCACUCCCCCAGCAUCACGUGAACUGUCGGUGAACUGGAUGCAAGUUACAGCUUCAGAGGCUGGGAUGAGCGCCUCGCCAAGCUGCUCCGGGGUCACAUGUCUUCCAGAAGGGCACUGGUGUGACAGAGGAGAGCACGUCCAGGAUACGUGCUCCUGUUUGCGCUCCGGGAAGGAAAGAGAGGUCCUUGAGCAAAAUGGGAAAUGGUUCCGUGAAACCCAAACAUUCCAAGCAUCCAGAUGGCCGCUCCGGACACCUCACCAUCGAUGCCCUGCAGAGCAAGGUGACAGAGCUGGAGAAAGAGCUGAAGAAGAAGGAUGCCGAGAUCCAGGAGCAGGAGUACCAUUUGAAGGAGCUGCGGGAGCAGCUGUCAAAGCAGACUGUGGCCAUCGCUGAGCUCACGGAGGAGCUGCAGAACAAGUGCAUCCAGCUGAACAAGCUGCAGGAUGUGGUGCAUAUCCAGGGAGGGAGCCUGCUUCAGGCCUCUCCAGACAAAGUGCCUCUGGACAUCCACCGGAAGACGUCGGGCUUGGUCUCCCUCCAUAGCCGAAGGGGAGCAAAGGCUGGGGUGUCUGCUGAACCAACAUCCCGAACCUAUGACCUCAACAAACCCCCGGAAUUUUCCUUUGAGAAGGCAAGAAUCAGAAAGGACUCCAGUGAGAAGAAGCUCAUUACAGAUGCUCUUAAUAAAAAUCAGUUUUUGAAGAGACUGGAUCCUCAGCAGAUCAAAGACAUGGUAGAAUGCAUGUAUGGAAGGAGCUACCAGCAAGGGAGUUACAUCAUUAAGCAAGGAGAACCGGGAAACCACAUCUUUGUGCUUGCAGAGGGCCGAUUAGAGGUGUUCCAAGGUGAGAAAUUGCUAUCAGCCAUCCCUAUGUGGACCACAUUUGGAGAAUUAGCCAUUUUAUACAACUGUACAAGGACCGCCUCCGUGAAAGCUAUUACAAAUGUUAAAACUUGGGCACUAGAUCGAGAGGUAUUCCAGAACAUAAUGAGAAGGACAGCUCAAGCGAGAGAUGAACAGUACAGAAACUUCCUCAGAAGUGUAUCCUUGCUGAAGAAUUUACCUGAGGACAAAUUAACCAAGAUCAUUGACUGCUUGGAAGUGGAAUACUAUGACAAAGGAGAUUAUAUUAUACGAGAGGGCGAGGAAGGAAGUACCUUUUUCGUUUUAGCCAAAGGAACGGUAAAAGUCACCCAGAGUACAGAGGGCCACGAUCAACCACAACUGAUAAAAAUACUGGAGAAAGGAGAAUAUUUUGGAGAAAAAGCUCUUAUCAGUGAAGAUGUCAGAUCAGCUAACAUUAUUGCUGAAGAAAAUGAUGUCGCAUGCCUGGUUAUAGAUCGAGAAACGUUCAACCAAACAGUUGGGACUUUUGAAGAACUCCAAAAAUACCUUGAAGGGUAUGUGGCAAACCUGACCCGUGAUGAUGAAAAAAGACAUGCAAAGAGGUCCAUGUCUCACCGGAAGCUGUCCAAAGCUCUCUCUCUGGAGAUGAUUCAACUGAAGGAGAAGGUGGCCAGAUUCUCCUCAUCAUCUCCAUUCCAGAACCUUGAGAUUAUUGCAACACUGGGCGUUGGUGGGUUCGGAAGAGUUGAGCUUGUUAAAGUAAAAAAUGAGAACGUUGCUUUUGCUAUGAAGUGUAUAAGGAAGAAGCACAUCGUUGACACCAAGCAACAGGAGCAUGUCUACUCAGAAAAGAGGAUCCUGGAGGAGCUGUGUUCCCCCUUCAUUGUAAAAUUAUAUCGUACGUUCAAGGACAAUAAAUAUGUAUACAUGCUUCUGGAAGCCUGCUUAGGUGGGGAGCUAUGGAGCAUAUUGAGGGACAGAGGCAGCUUUGAUGAAUCCACCUCCAAGUUCUGUGUUGCUUGUGUGACAGAAGCAUUUGAUUACCUGCACCGACUAGGCAUUAUCUACAGAGACCUGAAGCCAGAAAACUUAAUUCUGGAUGCUGAGGGCUACCUGAAAUUGGUUGACUUUGGAUUUGCUAAGAAAAUAGGAUCUGGACAGAAAACAUGGACAUUCUGUGGAACUCCAGAGUAUGUAGCUCCUGAAGUCAUUCUGAACAAAGGACAUGACUUCAGUGUGGAUUUUUGGUCCCUGGGAAUUCUAGUGUAUGAGCUCCUAACGGGCAACCCACCCUUUUCUGGGAUUGACCAAAUGAUGACCUACAAUUUGAUUCUCAAAGGAAUUGAAAAAAUGGAUUUUCCCAGAAAAAUUACAAGACGACCUGAGGAUUUGAUUCGGAGGCUUUGCAGGCAAAAUCCAACAGAAAGACUGGGAAAUCUGAAGAAUGGAAUCAAUGACAUUAAGAAACACAGGUGGUUAAAUGGUUUUAAUUGGGAGGGACUGAAAGCACGGAACCUUCCAUCACCUUUACGAAGAGAGCUCAAUGGACCCACAGAUCAUAGCUACUUUGACAAGUAUCCUCCUGAAAAGGGAGUGCCUCCUGAUGAGCUGUCAGGCUGGGAUAAAGACUUCUGACAGAAAACAAAACAAACAAAACAAUGAUUACUGCACAUCUACUACAAAAGAGGAAAAUCCGCACCAAUAAUCCAGCGCUGAUUAUUUCUCUCUUUGGAAUAUUGUGAUAUCUUUUGGAAGACCAUUAGGGAAAUGAAAUCCCUACCCAUGAGCUGGGGAGGAUGAUAGUGGGUAUGGAGGUGGUUCUGAAUUAUAAUGUCUUAUUUAGAUGCUGUGAAUUAUUCAUGUAUUCUAUUCUUUGCUUUUCUCAAAUGUUGAAGGUUAUUCUAUUCUCCUCUCCACAGUCAGAACUGUUUUUUGUUGAAGGGGUAUAGCUUUGUCUGCAAUCUGUUGCUCCAUUCUAAUCAUAUUCACCUCCCUUGAGCCCUAAUAAGGUUUAAGAAGCAGCGCCUUUGAGCAACUAAGUCAUGCAAAUAGUAUCAAGAACAAGGGUGAAUUUUGGAAGAUUUCCCCUGCUCUUAACAAUUCUAUGUAAGCAUUAUGGCAUCUUAAAGUGGUGAUUUGCAGAAAUCUGGGUAGUCAAUAGAGUCUGUUGACUUUUACCUGCAUUUAACCUAGAAAUGUAUUAAUGUGCUUCUGGUAUUCGUCUUGGGAAAGGCAAGUUUGAGUCGUUAGUCAGUGGUACCACUCUCUAAAAUAAAGGACUUAAUUAAUCCAACCAGGUAAUUAUAUUCUGUUGGAGAACUUAGAAAAUAUAAAGAAAAAAAAAAGUUUUCACUAUCCUGUGACCAGCUGUGACACCUUGGAGACUUUCCAAAGCCUUGUUAAAGGUGGUUAUAAUGUGUGGUUAAGUAACAGGCUUUUUGAAAGGUUUUAUCUUAUAUACUAAAUGUUUUCACAAUCAAAAUAGAAAACAUGCAGAAACAAAAUUGUGAAGGCUUUUCCUUCCCUUUAAAUGUGGAGGAGAAUAAAGUCGGAUAGGUAACGUUGCUGACUCUUUGAAACCCUUGAGGUAUUUUGGCCAAUGUGUGAUUGUUGCUAUUAGUAAACCCAGAAUAUAGAGUAACCACAGUUAAUUUUUAAUGAAGAUCCCAUUGGUAAAUGUUCAUGCACUGUAAUCACUGCUGUGUUAAUAACUUUUUAAAAAGACAUCUGAGUCAUGGCUGUGUUUAUAAUUUUAGAUUAUUAAGGCAGGCAAGCUGCUGGAGAAGCGAUGGGACUUCAGAAGUAAAAACAUCACCUAGCACCGGCCCUCCAGCCUCCUCCUUGCCAUCUUCCAAAUAAUGAAGAGAGUAGUUUCAAUUGCUUUGGAGGCCAGUACCUGAGAACUUUACUAGUAAAUGUUUUUCUGUAUCAACCAUGAUCACCCCCUUACCUUCCUUCCAAAAUGGAUGGGAAGCAGACUUUGUAUCUUUUUGAUCUGGCAGAGUAAAAAUGCCAUCUAAGUUACUGCAUUUUUCAAGCUUUUGGUUAUAUUUUCAUAUGCUGAUGUUCUAUGGGAAUAGCCUCUACCCACACCCCACCCAUGUUUUUUGCAUUCAGAGAAAGCCAGCUUCAUGUUUCCUAAAGAGUUAAACCAGAUAAGAAAGGCCCAACUCAAGAGGCGCAUCCUUAACAAACGGAAUUUCCACAUUUAGAAUCCUUUUGCUGAACCAAAGAAUUUUUGUUUCCUGGAGUAGUAUUUUUAAAGAUUAUGUAUUGUACAUAGAAGAACCAUUUUUAAUGGAUCAACAUAACCUGCUUAAUGAAUUUCUAAGAUUUUUAAAAGAUUUUUAUUUGCAUUUGAUUUGUAAGCACUGUAUGUUUUUCCGUGUAUAUAUUUUUAAAUUACCCACCUAAAUGUAGGAAAUUUAUGUACUGGGUAGAUAUUAGAACUGUACAGUAUAAUAACAAUAAUAUUCUCAAAGGAGAUCAAGAAUUGUAAUUCAAGAAGGACCUACAUAUAUACAAAUAAAAACCGACUUAGACUACUACAGGUAUUUUGCCUGUGACUGGCCAUAUCAAUAUGUCAUAUACACAUCUGAUGUUUAUUGUGUUUCUUUAGAAUGCUUUAGAAAGAUGAAGAAAUGAGAGACUGAACCAUCAUAUAAUCCCAAUUCCACUAUUUCUUAGCUGAGCGACCUUGGGAAAAUGAUUUCACCUUUUUGUGUACUAGCUUUCUCACCUAUAGAAAAAGGCACAGUAAAAUAAUACCUACUUUAGAGGCCUGUUUCAGGGAUUAAAUAAGAUAUCUGUAGAGUCCUUUGCUGAUAUCUGUGAAAUAAUUAAUGCUACAUAGGUGGGAGCUACUGUUACUUAUCUCUAUUAGAAUUAAAGGGACCUUAAUAACCAUUUAUUCCUGAGCCUUAUGUAUCAUUGGUAUCUGUAUGCACAACUGAACCCCCCAAAAUUCACUAUCUUUUUCUUUUAAAUAAUGAAGUAAAGAUGGUUGACCAAACUCUAGUUCAUAAAAUGAAGACUAACCCUUACCAAAAUUAAGUGCUUUAUUGAGAGCUCGCCUAAAUUUCUAAAUUUUAAG